CAGGCUGCAGUGAUGUGUAGGAUAGGGCCUUACCACCAUCACACCACAGUAAUAGUGGUUACUGCCGUCGAGCAGAUUAUAGAACAUAAAGAGGAAGGAAGUUUCUUUUUAGAGCGGAACGUCUGUCCUCUGCUGGCUGUGCAAACCACAGAGGAAGAUUUACUUUCUCUGAGGGAAGAAGAAUUGUUUUUUGAUGUGACAUUUCUUUCCUACAUUGUUCACCAGCCGAUGUGUUUUAUUGACUCUGAAGUCACACGGAGAGAUGACAGGAGCAGCGAUGAGUUUAACAGCAGCAGCAAGUGGAUUUGUUGUCCUUCUUCUCACUGUGCCAGUGGUACACGGUCAGGAUGGCUGGGGAGCUACUUACUCUCUUCGUAAGAUCUGUGCCUUAAAAGGAUCAACAGUGGAAAUACGCUGCUCCUACAGAUACCCACCCAGAAUGAAUGGCCAUGAAACCACAGUUGAGAGAAGAUUCUGGUUUACUAAAUUCCAGGAUGAAGAACCUGUGGAUGUGAGAACAGACUCAGCGUAUGCAGGUCGUGUGCAGUAUCACUGUGGUGAGAACGACUGCACUUUGACAAUCAGAGACCUGAGAGAGAGCGACUCAGCUCAGUACAAGUUCAGGUUCAUAACAAACCAACCAGGUGGUGCAUUUACUGGUUCACCAGGAGUCACUUUGUCAGUCACAGGUUUGCAGGUGAAGGUGAUCUAUUCUCCACCUCUGAUGUGUAGCAGCAGUUGUGAUCUAACUAAUCAUCCCUCCUACAUCUGGUACAAGAAUGGACAGAAAACUGGAGGAAAAACAAAAUAUCAUUCAGGUUACUUUUAUUCUGAAGACAGCGUUUCCUGUGCUGUAGAAGGACACGAGGGUUUACCCUCUCCUUCAGUGUGUGAGUUUGAACUUUCUUAG